GUGUAUCAAUAACAUGCUGUCAAAAAUAAAAUCAUACAGUGACCUAUAUAUGUGUAAAUUCAAAGUAGACAGUGUCAAAAACAUGCAGGUAGAAAUGGAUAUUUAUAAAAAAAAAUAAGAGUGACCUUUGUGCUCAUUAUGUGAUUGUUUGCUUUAUACUGGUCGCUGACAAGGGGGUCAAAGGGUUUAUCCACCUUCCUUAUUUACAGUAUUCACGCACUUCCAUCACUGUGAGACACUGGGAGGUUAAAUUUAAAACAGCAGUUUGGUGCAGCUGGUAUAAUUGAUUCCAUAUUAGCCUAGCCUAGCCUCUGUGCACUCGGAGAGAUAUCACUGCUGCGCUUUCCUCCAGCGUGAACUGCUGCUGCCGCUGCUGCUACAGGAUCCAAGCUGCAGGGUGACUGAAGCCUGCAGGACAAGAUACCAUCGAGUGGAAGUGGAGGCACAGACAAACUGAAAAAAUGUCAAGCAAGAAGCCGCAGAGCAUGCUCCGGGAGGCUUCUCAUCAGAUUAUUGCCGGUGGAUCCGCAGGUUUGGUGGAGAUCUGCUUGAUGCAUCCCCUCGAUGUGGUGAAGACGAGGUUCCAGAUCCAGAGGGGAACCAGUGACCCCACCAGCUACAAGAGUCUGGGAGACUGCUUCCGGACCAUCUUCCGCAGAGAGGGUAUCUUCGGCUUUUAUAAGGGAAUCUUGCCUCCGAUUGUGGCGGAGACUCCAAAGAGAGCGGUCAAGUUUUUCACCUUUGAGCAAUACAAGAAGGUGCUGAAUUUGACCCCUUUGUCUCCUGGCGUGGCGCUGUCUGCAGCAGGGCUCGGCUCAGGCUUGACUGAGGCUCUUGUCGUCAAUCCGUUUGAGGUGGUGAAAGUCAGUCUCCAGGCCAACAGAGAUUCCUUCAAAGAGCAACCCUCGUCGUUUUCUCAAGCAAGACGCAUCAUUAAGACAGACGGCUUCGGACUGAAGGGCCUGAAUAAAGGAUUAACAUCAACACUGGGACGCCAUGGAGUUUUCAACAUGAUCUACUUUGGCUUCUACUUCAAUGUCAAGGAUGCUAUUCCUACCAACCCGGACCCUACGCUUGAGUUCCUGAGGAAGUUUGCUAUUGGCAUGGUGUCUGGGACCAUCUCCUCCUGCGUGAACAUUCCCUUUGACGUUGCCAAGAGCCGCAUCCAAGGCCCGCAGCCAGUACCGGGAGAGAUCAAGUACCGCACCUGCUUCCAGACCAUGGCACUGGUGUACCGGGAGGAGGGGUACAUGGCACUAUACAAGGGGUUGGUGCCCAAGAUCAUGAGGCUUGGACCAGGUGGGGCAGUGAUGCUGCUGGUCUAUGAAUAUGUGUCUGGAUGGUUACAGAAGAACUGGUAAAAAAAAAAAAAAAAAAAAAAAAGAAAGGAAACCUACAAGAGUGCCUUCUGGAUUGUGCCUCAAUGCUAAUAUCGUUAACUGACUCCAGUUUGGUCAGACCAAAUUAGGUUUUUUUUACCUUUAAAUAUAUACACUACUAGUCUGCAAAAUACCAAAUCAGCAUCACAGUAAAUGUUAGAUUAUGAAAAUAGUUUUUCUUUAGCUACAUUCUAAGUCAGUUUCUCAGGAAGUGCUGCAACACAGCUGGAAACAGCUGCAGUGUUUGAAAACUGGCAAAUACAUUUAUAGUAGAACCCAAAAGUUUUUAUUACUUGAUCGAUAGCUUUUAAGUUCAGUUUCAAAUAAAAAUAAAACUGCAACAAUGGAGCGGGUUCAUGUUUACAUGGCAAUCACAGACUCCAGUUCCACUAUAAAGCACUCAUGUAUAGAACAACUUUUUUAUGUAGCUGCACAGCACAUGUUACAUGACAAAACUUGAACACACACUGAGUUCAGAUGAGCCUCACUUCCUCGACCGACAUGACCAGAGCCCCGCUGGACUCGGUGGAUCAUCCAUCUCCAUCAAACAUCACUCGUAUUUUAAUGUAAACUGCUCAUUAAGACGCAGCUUUUGAAAUCAGCUACAGCACCACCACCACCACCGCCGCCGCCCACUGCAGCGGGUGGAGUCUACGCGCACACAUAUACAUACUUGUCUGUAUGUACACGUCUUCAUACAUGUCACGGAUUACAUGAUCGCAAAUAUACACUGUGAUCACACCUACAGUACUAAGCCUUAUGUCUCAAACAAACCAAACAGACAUGACAGUGCCUUGCAAAUCUUAUACACUGAAAAUGAGGCCUACUACUGUUUUUCUAUGACUAAUAUUUUUAUGUACCUCCUAUACAUUGGACUCGGUAUAAAAUCUUUAUUUUUCAAGCUUUUAUUGGUAAGAAGUUGUCUUAAUUUGACUUUUUUUUUUUUUUUAAUCUCAGUGAUCUUUUUAAUCAGUUUAGUUAGCAUUUGUGGAAAUGUACUUGUGUGUAUUGGUAACAAAUAAAAAGAAAAAAAAUGUAA